AUGUUAUUUCGUUCAUCAUCAUUUACAUCUUCAUGUACGGAAUCUAUUAAUGAAAAACCUAAAUCAACUGUAAGCUUUCGUCAUCAUGAAUCUUUACAAAAUCUUCAACAAAAUCAAAGACAACCUCGUCCUAUGCUCUCACGUCCAUUAAAUAUUGAAAAUAAUAAUCAACAUUAUCCACCAAUAGUACCACAAAAUCUAAAACGUGCAACAAUGAACACAGUUCUUUUACCAACACAUAAUUUACCAAUAAAUUCGUUGCUGAAUGAAAAAAAAUAUGAACAACAACAACAAAGCGAAACAAUAAAACGUACAAAUAAUCAAGAUGAUAUAGAAAAUAUUCAAGAACGUUUACAUGAAAUGCUUAUAACUGCACCAACAGCAAAUGAUAAUGAAACAGUAUUAUUACCAGCAGAACAAUCAUCAACAACAGAAUAUUUUACACCGAAAAUUUCAAUUGAUGAAAAUGGAAAGAAAAAAACUGAUGAACAAGAUAAUCAAACUGAUGACGAUGAUGAUGAUGAUGAACUUUAUCCUAUGUCAAAUGGAAUCGAAUCAGCAGCACAUCCAUUUUUUGAUGUUCUAUCAACAACAUCCUAUGAAAAAGAAGUUAUGGUAUAUUUACUUAGUUUAGAAGAACGUUUCGUAACUGAAAAUGAAAAAUUACGUUUAUCUAAACGUCUUCGAGAAUCAACAAAUAGUUUAAAACCAGUUCAAGGUGUACCAAUACCAGGUAGUAAUUCAACUGUUAUUAUAACACCAAAAGUUCGAUGUAAACUUAUUGAUUGGAUUAUAUCUGUACAUGAUUAUCAUCGAUUAAAUGCUGCUAUACUUUGUCGAACUAUUCAUUUGAUUGAUAGAAUUUUACUUUUAAAUGAUCAAAUGACUAAACUUGAUUUACAACUUCGUGCUGUUAAUUGUUUUACAAUUGCAUGUAAACUUGAAUCACGUCGUGUACCUGAUACAAAUUCUUUAUUAUCUUUAUUUGAUGCACGACAUCAUGUAACUCCGGUGAUUUUAAAUCAUGGUGAAAAACAAUUAUUAACACAACUUGAUUUUGAACUUGAAUAUCCAUUAGCAAUCCAUUUUCUUUGUUAUUAUCUUCGAUUUUUACCAUUUCAUUUCAUUAUUUAUUCAUUAUCAAAAUAUAUGAUUGAAUGUGUUCUAUGUGAUGAUACAUUAUCAGAACAAAUACCUGGUUCAUUAUUAGCUGCAUCAACAUUAUUAUUAGCAUUAAAAUUAACAAAACAAUUAGAUAAACCACAAGUGACGAAACGAUUCUAUAAACAUCAACCAUAUAAACAUGAUCGAUUAGAAAAAUGUACUGGACAAAUUAUGAAAAUAAUGCAAAAUGUAUCGAAAUCUUUAUAUCAUACAAAUGUACGUGAAAAAUAUAAACGAAGUGAAUUUGAUCGGGUUGCUAAUUAUCAAUUCAGUAAUGAUCUUGUAAUACCAAUUCCAGAAAAUACAAAAUCGUAA